CCUCCUCCUCCUCCUAGUUAUCCUCCUUCUUUUCCUCCUCCUCCUCCUCCUCCCCCCUCCCGAAGAAGAAGGAGAAGGAUAAGAAGGAAGAGGAAGAAAAGGAAGGAGGCUCCUCCUCCUCCCCCUCCUCCUCCUCAUUCCUCUUCCUCUUCCUCUUCCUCCUCCCCUCCUCCUUAUCCUUCUUCUUCUCCUCCUCUCCCAAACUCCUCCCCACCUCCUCCUCCUCCUCCUCCUCCUCCUCCUUCCUCUUCCUCUCUCCUCCUUCCUCCUCCUUCCUCCCCUCCUCCUCCUCCUCCUCUUCCUCUUCCUCUUCCUCCUCCUCCUCCUAGUUAUCCUCCUAGUUAUCCUCCUUCUUUUCCUCCUCCUCCUCCUCCUCCUCCUCCUCUUCCUCCUUCCCCUUCCUCAUCCUCCUCCUUCUUACCUCCUCCUCCUCCUCCUCCUCCUCCUCCUCCUCCUCCUUCUUCUUCUCCCCCUCCUCCUCCUCCUCCCCCUCCUCCUCCU